AUGGACUUGGAAACUCUUCCUAAACUUGACAGUGCCAAUGAGGGACAAUCGUACGAGAAUUUAGUCCAAAACAUUAGGGAGAGUGGAAGCCCCAAACCGGUGAUGGUUUUUAUCCACGGGGGCUCCUACAUGGAGGGAACUGGGAAUAUGUUCGACGGCAGCAUCCUGGCCAGUUACGGGAACGUGAUCGUGAUAACCGUCAACUACCGCCUGGGCGUGCUAGAGCAGAUAUCUGAGAGCUGA